GGUAAGCUCCAUCUCAGCGCGUGAGGCUGUUGCUAAUGCGCUAUGUAUGUGCAGAGGAAACAUGCUAUCACAGAAGGGAGCUCUUGCGAAGGUUGUGCGGCAUCCAGUCACGGCGAGCUUGUCAGGAAUGGCAUUUCGUGCUAUCGGCAUGGUGUGGGCACAUGAGCAGAAUGAUGUAUUGUACCAAGGAACAAUCAUCAGCGAACAUUCCCAAUCAACCAACACCGACAAAAACUGAAGAUGCUGUUGAUCCAGCACCUGACAUCAGCUCAUACAAGGUGAAGGAAUAUUACAGUCACAACGACUUCUCCUUUUAUGACAUUGAUGCUGAUAUGAAGACUCACCGACUGAAGCAGCCCUCCAGUCAUGGUGCUUUGCAGCCAUGAGAUUUUACAUGAACAUUUCCCAGAAACAUCUGUUUCUGAGGCUUAUAGUGACACGGCCAAUAGAAGAAAGCCUCAGGAUACUUAGGCUUAUUGUAUUUCUGUAUCAAUAAAGUUAAUUUUGAUCAGAUUCACAAUUA